GCUCGGCGCGACGGCCGCUGCCAUGGGAGCGCGAGGGAAGAGUAGUGGCGGGAGGAGGGAGCAGGAGCAAGUGGUGGCUUGGCUGAGCAGAGCCGAGUGGGACCAAGUGAUUGAAUACUUGUACUGCAGCGACAGCAAGCUCCAGCGGUAUGCACUGGACAGGAUCUCCGCCUGGAAGAGCAGGUAUGGCAACAGUACCCCGCUUGCUGUGGAGUGCACCGCAAACCUAAUUCAUUGUAAACUUCAUGAUGAUGCAGGGGAAACUGCAUCUAAUGAAUUAGUCCUCUCAUAUGGACUUGCUCUUGUCAGGUUUGUUAAUCUGAUUACUGAAAGGAAACAGAAAAGAAUCGUUGUGUCAUUAAGACGUUUGGCAAAUGAGAUGAAUAUACCAGAAUGGAUAGUAAACCUACGACAUGAACUAACUCAUAGGAGACUGCCCACAUUAGCGUGGUGCAGGAAAGGUUGCGAGUUUGUCUUGGAAUGGCUGCGGCAGCAAUAUUGGAAUCAACAAUUAGGAAAUAACCUUGUUGAUGGCUGGACUUUGGACUCACAAGAAGAGGAGGAUGAUGAAAUCCAAUUACAGGAGCAACUGAAACAGAAAGUGUUACAUGAUAAACUCAGAGAGCUACUGACUUCCUAUGAAAAAGAACAGUUCCAGGUUUUAACAGAACAGAAAUUAGUUUCCAAAUCAAAGACGCUUUGGAAUACCCUGCCAUCUGAAGUUGAAUGGAUUUUAUCGCAAGUUAAAAAGCAUGCUUGUGAAAACAGGGAAAUGGUAGUGGAUGUCCUCUUGGAUGAUGGAUUCCUUAUUCCCACAGAGGAGCAGCUGAAAUCCUUAAAUAUUGAGUGUCCAGGAGAAUUUAUGGACUUGUCAAAUCCUGGAAUUCCUUCAACCUUCAGUCGUUUCUGGCAACCUCUAUUAAAGUGCCUACAUUCUCGAUAUUUCACGCCAACACUGCUAGAAAAGCUGUUUACUGAGUUGAAACAUUGCUGUGAUUCUUCAGGACUAAGGAUACAAUAUGUUACAGGAUGGAUCACAGAGAUCCUUGCAGCCAAUGCAAAAGCAGGGAAAAGAGUAAGGGGCCUUCCACGAAGCCAGAAAAUCAAGAAGAGUAUGUGGCAAUUGUUUUUAUUUCCAUGUCCUCUAGACUGGCAAGAUCUUCUAGAAAGUUGCCUUGCAGCACCAUGUCAAGCUACACCUCAUCUCCUACAACAGAUUUUAACUGACAUGGACUCUCCAUUACCCAUUACCACACAACAGAAACUUCUCCAGCUCUGUUCUAUAUACAUUCAGGAACCAGGGUCCUUCAGCAUUUCUGACUUCCCAAUUGGAUGUAAUCAGCUACCAGUGUACACAGUGGAAAACCUACCAAUGAUGAAUGGAGCCGAGUCCUCAAACCAGUUAACUAGCACCGUGCAUACUGACUUCAUAAUGGACACUGAACCUGUGGUGGUCCACACCUCUGGAGAAGAACAGACACAAACACUUAACCUUGAAGUGUUAACGGAGACAAUUCAGUCCUUGGAGGGAUCAGUAUGGCAGUUAUGUACAGAUCAAAUUGCAUGGAAGGAUUAUCCUUUAGGUAAAGUAGCAGGCCAAAGUGAAGAUCCGAACUGCUUUUUAGUGGAUAACUACACCUUGAUGCCAGUGUUGCCACAGCCAACAGCAAAGGACACCAUGGAUCACCAGAGUACUAAAAUGAGUAUCACAGGAUUGCCUUGUGCAGACCCAGAAGGUUUAUGGUGGAAUCAAGGUGACCUGCACAGACUGAAAGCUGGUUUGAAGUUGUUCUAAUGAAUGAAGAUUUUAUUUUUCAAAUCAUUUAUUAUUUUCCCCUUUUCAACUUGUUGUCAUCCCUUAUUCAGAUGUGUAUGAGUGUGCACACGGUUUCAUGUAUAUCCGAUAUUCGGCUGUUGAGGUCUUUCAGAAGAUGAUAGUCCUGUUGUAUAUUUUCAAUAUUUACUAUGUCUUUCAAAAUCCUUACAAUUUGUUUAUGAUGGACUGUCAGAAUAAAGAUCAACGUUUCAGACAGACCCAAAAUUAGAGUUGACAAUCUGAAGAUCAGUUACAAUCUGCCAAAAUUAUUCUCUUUUUAAACUAAAUGUUGCUAUUUCAAUUGUAAACUUAAUCAUAUGUGUUUAUGGAAUUCUGUAAUAUUAUAUGCAUGUAAAAUGGUAGUGGCUGCUAUCUUUCCUAUUGCAAAAAUAAAUUCUAGCAAGCUAACUCAG